UUUUUUUUUUUAUUUUGAUUUAUCAGAUUGUAACAGCAUGAACGAUACAACUUUUAAUCCAGAUACUGUUUCAAAUGUAUUUAAGGCUGCUUACAAAAGUGACAACGCAAAAGCUAAUAAAGAAGCUAUUAUAUUAGCUUGUGAAUUUCUGAGACUUUUUACAGUAGAGGCAAUACAUAGAGCCUCUGAUGAACAAGAUAUUAUGAACACUACAACAACAGUGAAUGAGGCUUCAAAUACACUUGAAGUUGAGCAUUUAGAACGUAUACUGCCUCAACUUUUAUUAGACUUUUAAUAAAUAUAUAAAAUGUUGAAUUUUG